AAUUUUAAUAUUCUCUCUUCUGUUUUUUUUGCUUUAAAAUGAGAAGACUGCAAGUAUGAAUCUAUCAAAUUCCCCGGGUCACGUGAUCCUUCCAGCCAGUGAGAGCACUGCCGAAGUAAUGGCAACAACCUUCUGGGAUAAAUGUGGGCUGCCAGCUGCCGAUCUCGCUGUUGACAGUAAAAGCAGAUAUGUUCCUUGCUCACUGCCAUUAGCAAUGACCAUGACCCUUCACACCAAAGCCUCUGGAGUUACCCUGCUGCACCAGAUUCAAGGCACUGAACUGGAGACUCUGAGCAGACCUCAGCUGAAGAUUCCCCUGGAACGAUCGCUCAGCGACAUGUACGUGGAAAGCAACAAGACAGGAGUUUUUAACUACCCAGAAGGGGCCACCUAUGAUUUUGGUACUACCGCUCCAGUGUACGGCUCUACUACACUCAGUUAUGCCCCUACUUCUGAAUCUUAUGGGUCCAGCAGCCUGGCAGGAUUUCACUCUCUGAACAAUGUCCCACCAAGCCCAGUGGUGUUCUUGCAAACGGCACCCCAGCUCUCACCCUUCAUCCAUCACCACAGCCAGCAGGUACCCUACUACCUUGAAAAUGAACAGGGCAGCUUUGGGAUGAGGGAAGCUGCUCCUCCAGCCUUCUACAGGCCAAGCUCUGAUAACAGGCGCCACAGCAUUCGAGAGAGGAUGUCUAGUACCAAUGAGAAAGGGAGUCUGUCCAUGGAAUCCACAAAGGAGACCCGGUACUGUGCUGUGUGCAACGACUAUGCUUCAGGCUACCAUUACGGGGUCUGGUCUUGCGAGGGCUGCAAAGCUUUUUUCAAAAGAAGUAUUCAAGGGCACAAUGACUACAUGUGUCCUGCCACUAACCAGUGUACCAUUGACAAGAACAGAAGAAAGAGUUGCCAGGCCUGCCGACUGAGAAAAUGCUAUGAAGUGGGAAUGAUGAAAGGUGGAAUCCGGAAAGACCGCAGAGGCGGGCGAAUGAUGAAACAGAAACGUCAAAGAGAGGAACAGGAUUCCAGGAACGGGGAGGCUUCUUCUACAGAGCUGCGAGCUCCCACCCUUUGGACAAGUCCACUAGUGGUUAAACAUAACAAGAAGAACAGUCCAGCCCUGUCUCUGACAGCAGAACAGAUGGUCAGUGCCUUGCUGGAAGCUGAGCCACCCAUAGUUUAUUCUGAAUAUGACCCCAAUAGACCAUUCAACGAAGCAUCUAUGAUGACCUUGUUGACCAACCUUGCAGACAGAGAAUUAGUGCACAUGAUCAACUGGGCAAAGAGAGUUCCAGGAUUUGUGGAUCUAACACUCCAUGAUCAGGUCCAUCUACUGGAAUGUGCCUGGUUAGAGAUACUGAUGAUCGGCUUGGUCUGGCGCUCCAUGGAACACCCAGGAAAACUUUUAUUUGCACCUAACCUAUUACUGGACAGGAAUCAAGGGAAGUGUGUAGAGGGCAUGGUGGAAAUCUUUGACAUGCUACUGGCUACUGCUGCUCGGUUUCGGAUGAUGAACCUUCAAGGGGAGGAAUUUGUGUGCCUUAAGUCCAUCAUCCUGCUCAAUUCUGGUGUGUACACUUUUCUUUCCAGCACCUUGAAAUCUCUGGAAGAGAGGGACUAUAUCCACCGUGUUCUGGACAAAAUCACAGAUACUCUGAUACACUUAAUGGCUAAGUCAGGUCUUUCUCUGCAGCAGCAGCACCGGCGACUGGCUCAGCUCCUCCUCAUCCUCUCUCACAUCAGGCACAUGAGCAACAAAGGGAUGGAGCACCUGUACAAUAUGAAGUGUAAAAACGUAGUUCCGCUCUACGACCUCUUGCUGGAGAUGCUGGACGCUCACCGCCUACACGUGCCAGCAGCCAGGAGUGCUGCGCCAAUGGAAGAGGAGAACCGGAGCCAGCUGACAACUGCACCAGCUUCAUCUCAUUCCCUGCAGUCCUUUUACAUUAACAGCAAAGAAGAGGAGUAUGCAGAAUACAAUAUAAACAGAAGUCAGCAAAUAUAAUGGUAUGAGAAACCCAGCAGCGUACUACCUAGCUCGUGCUUCAUCUAUAGUGCCACAUAUGUCAACACUCCAAUGACAUCAGUCACCUGUAUUUUCCAUUUGAGUGUUUGUCAAGCGCUUGCCUAAACUGAUUGCUUAUUCUAAGUGAAAGACAUUUCAUUGCUAUGGACAACUAGCAAGGAUUGUCAGGCUAACUUAAUUUGAAAUUUGCAGUGUUUAAUCUGCUUUUGCAUGUGAAUUGACUAAGUCCUAAUAUAAACUGUGACAUUUGUUUUGCCAUAAAUUAAUAGGCCAUAACGCCCAUGCAUAUUUGUAUCUUCCUGAGUGGGAGCCUUUCUUGGUAUCCACCCCAAAUUCUGAGCCCUUUUAGUCCUUGAGUUGCCUGCAAAUUUGAAGCAGUUUGGUUGAUUCUGGAUGAAUUUUUGUGAGGGAUAACAGGAAGCUGAUUGGCAUCUUAGUGUGCCACAGUGAAACUGCAUUGCCAGUGACUGCCUUGAUAGUUUGUGUAGAUUCCUGCCUCCCUUCUUCCUCAACUGGAAGAGGGCCCUUCGUAUAGAGAACAAUACUGUUUUGCCUUAUUUGUUUGCCUCUGCAGACAGCUCCUUUUCAAGAUCAUACUGACCAAACUCUUAGGUUCUUAUCCUAGCCCCUAGUCAAAUUACAUCCUGUGCAUCCUAUCUUGUCUGAUCCUAGGAAAUAAAAUUCUGUUGCUUGGCAGUGUGUAAAUCAUGGGCAACAUGGCAAGCAGAGAUAACAUGGAUAAUUGCUUUUAAAUCAGACCAGGUGAUUACAGAAAUCAUCAUGCCAGGAAAACAAAGCCAAAAACCCACGCCUUUGAACACAUACACAGACCAAAGCUGUUUUAUGAAAAAUCUUUCCUUCUCCUUCACUUUGUUGUGCUAAAAAUGUAGAGAUGAGGAUGCCAGUGUAAGACUGGCAUAGCAGGUUUGGAUGAUAUGACUCAUGGCAGUCUUGCCUAACCAGACUGAGGAGGGCUACUAUCAGAGCCAGUGCAAUAGGUUUUGCACUGGCUUACUUUUCUUCGGCUCUUGCUGGGGCAAACUCAAAGAUCACUGUUAACAUCCACCUCAUUUGUGACACCAGAACUGGGCGAUGUGCCUCGGGCAUGGUGAGGAUUCCAGAACUGCACAUCCAGGGUGCAUCUGGCUUUCUCCAUACAUGUGCGUAAUUGUUUUUCAUGCAGGUUAGAAACUGAAGAAAAAAGACCAACCUAUCCAUUGUAUAAACUGUCCAAAGUGGGAGUUUGCACUGCUGUUUAACUGCCUUUAAUGCUAGAAAAUCAAACGUCACAGAAUGUUGCUGGGUACUGGAACCCGAUUAUUAUAUUUUCCAGGGUUGUUUUAUUAGUUUCAUGACAAUCUUUGCCUGUGCUACCUGCACACCUGUUUUUCAGGUGCAAUUUGGGAGUUAGCACAGACCAGGGACUAUUUCAAUAGCUGGUUGGAAGCGACCACCUGUCAGUAAGGAAGUUCAAUAGCACAUGUACAGGCUGCUCCAUAGCAGCUGGCCACAGUGCCAUAGGAGGGUUUGGGGAUGCUCCUUUUAGCCUUUAUGUUAGGUUAUGCUGAUUGUAAUAUCCUGUGACUAAAUAUAGGAAAUCGUGCAACUAGCGCGAUACAGGAAUGCCUAUGUCUAACCACACUCACUGUUUAACAAGCAAAGACUGUGUUCAGUGAGUUCCAGUUACAAAGCAGUUGUGAAAAGAGCAAGGCAUAGGAUGAGUUUGUGCUCCGCAUCAAGGACCUAAUUCUUUAGUGAGUGUACAUAAUAAUGUCCAUAACAGUCUCAUGUACAUAUCUGAGGAUACACGCAGUUCAGAAGUCUAGCGAUAGAUGCUACCUACAUGUUUGAGAGAUUCCUUAAAAACUGUGCAAACCUGAAUGUGUGAAGCAGUCACUGUAAGUUAAUAGGCCUUUUAUUGAUGCAUAUUAUAGUGUCAUUUUUUUUCUGAACAUGCUGAAGGAGUUGUAUUUUUGUGUAUUCGUUAAGAGCGUGUAUGUGUGUGUGUGUGCAAAUUUGGUACCUAAGGGCUUUUGGAAGGCUUUCAAAUGCCUUGAAAGAAAAUACACAUUUUGUCAUGUUUAGUAGAUGGUUUUUGAAUGUGUUAGAAAAAUUAUGAAUGCCCUCAUAUGAGUGCAGGUUAAAAUUUGAGUGGAACACAGGAAUUCCUGUAGAUACAAUUCUGUGCUUACACCAUCAUUAUUUACUCGUAGCCUUGUGUUACAAGAUUUCAGUGCUCUCUGUGCAGCUUGUGUGUUCUGUACGGCACAAAGAUCAAGCAUGUGGCUCAGCAGCUGCUAAGCAAAGUGUUUUAAAUAAAUGCCUCCCCUCCUACAUCCCAGAAAAAUGUAUUGGAUCAAAUCAAAUGUAAAUCUGGCCUAGAAAAUAGUUGAUAGAAAGUAAUUCUCCAAAAAAAGGGCCAGAUUCUGAUGAUUCUCCACAGGUUAAGUACAAUUGCACUCUACAGAUUGUUCCAGCAAAACUGGGUGAGUGUGAUUUGUAGUGGUAUGCAGCAGAUGGAAGAGUAUCAAACUGUGGCCCAGAACAUGAGAAAUAAUUUGUCAGUUCACAGCCAUAAUUACAAAUGCUCUCCUAGGCUCAGCCCUGGCAAUGAAAUCAUUUAGAGCCAAUGUGUCCUCCCAUGUAUGUGGUGACAACUGUUAAGGGCACCCAAAAAAGAAAAACAGUGAUUUCCAGUGAUUUAUUUGCUUAGCUCAGGACCUAUGUCUUCAACUUGUUGAUGAUCUUUUAUUUGAAGUAGCACCUUAAUGAAUAGAGUAACCUUCCCAUUGUUAUCUGAAAAGACAAUUGUCCACAUAUCAGACUGUUGAAUAUAGCUAUUCAGUAAAUUAAAGUCUAUGAUAUAAAAGCGGUAACUUUUUUCAUUUGGAAUUCUGAAUUAUGCUCUCAUGUAUGCAGACAAUUGUGCCUGACAUUCGAUAAUUAUUUCACAGGAUGCUAUUUUAUGUGUGUAUAUAUAUAUAUAUCUAUAUAUAUACAUAUAUGCUUUAUAUUUGCAGCUGACAAGCCAGUACUACCUGAAUACCCGGUGCUGGAUAUUAAACAAAGAUAUAUGGCAUGUUUAAAAAAAAGAGAAAGAAUUUAAAGAAAACUAUUCAAGGCAGCUAAUAAUGCUUUUACCAAAACAUUCAUAGAGAUGUCUCUUGACAGCUAAUUAAAUAAUUAUUUUAUAAUGUUUAUAUGUUUUUUUAAUGAACAAACAAACAGAAAACCAAAAAAAACCCUAGAAUCAUAGGCAAUGUAAUACCAGCAUAAGCCAGAAAUAGACCUGAUGAACUAGCUUUGCUUGAGAAUAUGGUUGUUCCUGAAAUAUUACCAAAAGCUAUGGAGGCAGGAGAGGACAUAGGGUGAUGUGUAGCACCCAGUGGUGUCUGACUUUCCAGCAGUAUGUAAAAGCUACUCUGGUUUGUAAUGGUUCGAGCCAUGUCUCGAUCUUGCAGACUUUGUCUCAGGUAAAACUUUCAGUUGGGGCAGUAGAAUUUGUACUGGGGUAAAUUAUUUUAAUGAGGGUUUCUUGGUGCGUGUUCGUGAUAAAUUUACUAUUAUGUUUGAAUGAAAUAUCCUGAAUAUUUUUUUCUCCUGUACACUAAGGUGUUUAAUAGUUUAACAUUAUAAUAACUAAAGUAAAAAUGAACUGAGCUCCUAAGGAUAUUGUAAGGACUGUUCAGCAAGUUGCUGCAAUUUAAACUGAAGAAAAAGAAAAGGAGGAGUCAAAACCUCAAGUCUUUCAGACCAUCCCCAAAACAGAGUUUUUAUUGGAGCCCCUAUCUGUCCCAGCUGAGGCUGACUGAUCCCUUAGGAGCUGAGCCAAAUGUUUAAAAUGAAGCAAACUACCAGCAAUGUAAAAAUUCUGCCUCACUAUGGUCUGAGUCUUACCACAGGCUUUGGUAGGAAUACAAGCCGCUCUUUUAUAUAUAUCCUGCUUUAAAACUAGAAUGCAACCCAACCUAAAGCUAAUGGGAUUUUGUAUAUAAGGCAAACUCAGCUGAACUUAUGCAAAGUGCAUUUCUUUCUCUGAAUAAAGAGAUGGCCUUUUUCAAUGCUACCUAAAACUACAGUAUAGCUUUACAGAUAGAAAUUUGGCAUAUAUGAAAGAAAGGUCAUGUAAACAAUCGUAUUGUAAUAUGAACCAGUCUUUGCUGCCACCUGCAACUAUAGCAUAAUCUCAAAUAAUCUGAGAAUUUCCCUGACAUUAAUAUCCUGCUUUUUCUACUUGCAAUCUCUUUCAUCUUUCAAAUGUAGAUAGCCUUAUUCCAUUUUGCACUGUGUUUUAAAAAAAAAGCUAAAAAAAACCUUUUGCAUUCAAAUGUGCCUAAAAAAAUUAAAAUAAUAAAAAAAAAGUAUAUGCUGCCAUCUUGCAAAUUAGUAUGCUCUGUACUCCUGUGUGCCUAUAAUUACAAGUCUGUUUCUUCAGAAAGUGCCCCUGGAAAAUGAAGAGAUAGACUGCUGAUCUCGAGACUUUCAUUAACAAGCCACUUUAGGUAUCACCUUAUUGUAUAUAUUACAAAACUUAUGCUUUUGUGUGCACUAUGUAGUCUUUCAAUGGAAAGUCCUUUAUUUGGUAUAGACUCAGCUGCCAUACUGUAUUUGUUGAAGUAUUCUGUUCUUUCACUGAUGCAUAUAAAAUUAUUCAUGUCUUUGUUUUGGUGAGUCUUAUUUCUUUGUUUUGCACCUAAAUGUUCUAAAGAGUCUGAAUGAAAAAUCUGAUAGACUACCCAGUUGGUGCAAAUUUUUAUCGGUGUAUUUGAUGUUGAAAUAAAUAAUUAACCAGAGCAAUUUA